AUGUCUUCAGAACCAUUCCAGCAAAAGUCGCCAAUCAAGAUCAGGCUGCCUCUGCCUUAUCUGUCCACCUACUACCUCGAGCGCACUGCUGAGGGUAAGCAGUCCUAUCGUCUGCGCAAGGACGACUCCGUCACAGAGGGCAAGCCGUUCCCCAAGGUUCUCCAUGCAGAUGAUCUAGUUUUCUCCAAGAUUCCCGCUGUGGAAUCUGAUAAGAUCCCUGAUUCUGAUAACCGUGAGUAUGCUCGUGCUAGAAGAAGUCCUGUCUGGUCCUUGAGCUGGGAGAAGCAGACUCCUACUCUUGCGCAGACCUGGAUGUUCCUCUACACUUUCUUCACAUAUCACUUCGAUGUAGAGCAGUUCCGUCUUCGUCUUGAGGGCGCUGGCGCUGAGGAUCUGGCCAAGGAGCUUGUCCUCUCCAUGGUUGCCAUCAACAUGCCUCCUCCUCCCAAGGGCGUCGAGCCCGCACCCAGCACUGGAGUUGAGGUUCUUGUUCUUCGCAGCGCGUUCUGGCAGGGAUGUGCCUCUCCAUUGGGUCAACAGCCCAUCUGGCUUCCUACCUGGAACUCCGCCAACGUGGUGCCUCAUCUGGAGUACGUGAUGACGCCCACCUCCGAGUCCACUCUCCUGCGUCACCCGCGCCGAACACCCAAGCCUGCUGCCGGUAGUCACAUCUACAGCCGGUACAUCCCAUCUCUUGACGAGCACUUCAACCUCGUCGCUCUUGACUACGAGAACCCCGAACACCUGGGUCUCUUCAACACAUGGCAGAACGACCCUCGUGUCGCUGCUGGAUGGAUGGAGACUGGCACUCUUGAUGAGCACCGCACAUAUCUCAAGAACAUCCACGAUGACCCUCAUCAGUUCGCUGUUCUGGGUUACUUCAACGACACACCUUUCGCCUACUUUGAGCUGUACUGGGCAAAGGAGGACAAGAUGGGUCAACACUACGCCUGCCUUGACUUCGAUCGCGGCCGACACUCGCUCGUCGGCAACGAUACGUUCCGCGGGCAGUAUCGCGUUAUGGCAUGGUGGCCCAGUGUGAUGCACUACGAGUUCCUCGAUGACCACCGCACUGAGAACGUCGUUGGCGAGCCUCGUCUCUCCAGCGAGAACGUCCUCAAGUAUGAGAUGAUAUUCGGUCUUCACCAGGACAAGUGGAUGGACCUGCCUCACAAGCGAUCCAACCUCGUCAAGAUCUCUCGUGAGCGCUUCUUCCAGAUCUGUCCCUUCAACCAAGGCAAGCCUCGUGUCGCUGGCACGACCUUUGGCUUUGAGCCUAAGCUGUAA